AGCCUUCUUCAGGGUGAAUCAUGCGUAGGCAACGUUGAAAGUCUUUCGAUCGUAUGUCAAGAUUUCUGCGAGCAGACCUCCUUUGUCGGUACACGAACCGAAAAAACCGAUUUUGUUUCAGCUGUUUCGUCGAAGCCAUCGCAGCCCUUACAACAUGUUAUAACAGCAUUCGCUUAUUCAGCGGUGCAAGAUGAUGAAUUAACACUGGAAUUGGGCGAUGUGAUUGAAGUACUGGAAGAAGUCGAGGAUGGUUGGAGUCGUGGUCGUCAAUUGCGCACGAAUAUUAUUGGCAUGUUCCCUACUAACUUCGUGAAACCUGAUGUUCCUCCAUCAAGUACUCUUAUUCGAGAAGACGAUAAGGUAGUAGUUAGGCGCUCUGCAGAUCCUGAUCAACCUGAAGCAAAUCGAAGGACGCCAUCAGCUAUUGGAGGUGUCAAUAUCUUUGGAGGAAAAACAGUUCAUUCUGAGCCGAAGGAUGAACCGAAGACCAAAGAAAUGGCACGGGUAAAGUUCGAAUACGAACCUCAGCACAGUGAUGAAUUGAAGCUAGGAGAAAUCGGUCAACUGGUUACAAUUAUUCGGAAGGAUUGUGGAGAUGCGGGAUGGUUCGAGGGAGAAAUCAAUGGGCGACGCGGUCUGUUCCCGGAUAACUUCGUUGAGCUUGUCCAGGUUCCUAUUUCCACUCAGUCAGGGACCAUUUAUCAUCCUCCUCCCACCCAUCUCUCAAAAAUUGUCGCUAAAACUCCUAUGGUGAACCCUCCGGGAAUGGUACCACCUGCGGUACCAGCUAAGCCGUUGAAGCAGAAGUUGUCGGAAAGUUCAACGUCUAUCAACGGUGCUGGUUCUUCUCCUCCAUCUUCCUACGACCAACGUUGCCCUCCAACACCACCAUGUACUUACCUUUCACAAGUCAAACGCAACAAAGUGUCUGUUUGCAGCGGCUCGGAACCGCAUCUCAAAAGUGAGACUUUGCUUGAUCUUAUACAAACGUAUCAAAAGAUUUUAACAUACAAUGCUCUGCUCCAGGAUCUUAUUGUUGGACAACCGGGACAAGUGUCGUCGAAGUUGACGAAGUCUGUAAUUGUCACUUCUGGUUCUGAGGGUGUAGCGACGAGCAGACCUAUGAGUAGCGUGGAAUCUGAUGAAGCGUCUGAUGAAGUGGUCAGACCGCUAAGCCACGUAACCAAAACUCGAGCUCGUCCUCCUGGAAAGCGACCUGCAAGUAUGAUGCUGAUAAAGAAGAAAGGUUCAAUGGACAAUCUUCUUGAAAGCCCCUCUAAACCGAUGGCUAGUGAACUUCCAGAGAAAAGUUCCUUUACAAGCGCAAUUGGGACCGUCGUUACCAUCACCUAUUACUACUCUUUCGACAAGUCGUGA